AUGGAAACCAUUGAUCAUUAUUCAGUAAGUUUUUAUAGUUGACACCUUGUCGGACAUAUGACUUAUUAAUCGUUAUUAAUUUGGUUGUGAUACCUGUCCCCAGUCUCAGUGUACGUCAGUCACCACUUUUCUGGUCGUUAGUAUUAGAUAUCUGUCAAGCAACUCAGACACGUUUACGGGUUAACUUUUAUUGAACCAAAUAUACAAAACGAUAUGGACAAAGUUGUAACAUGUCUGGCCCCCGUCAACAUAGCAGCUAUAAAGUACUGUAAGUUCCCCCAAAAAAACCCGAUGGCUUUACCCUUAAAUUGUAUUAUAAAUCCAUUUCAUACUUUGUUUCCUCUUCAGGGGGCAAAAGAGAUGAACGUUUGAUAUUGCCUUUAAAUGAUUCGGUCAGUCUGACGUUGGACUGCGAUCAAGUAAGUUACUCAUGUUCAUCAUUACUAUCAAUCGCAUCUAUUUGCCAUUUAUUGAUUGUAAACAAUGGAGUUAAAAUUCACAAUUAUUCUACUUAUUUAAUGAUUAAAUGUCUAUUUGAUUUAUUUUGGUUUUUUAAUUUUAAAUAAUAUGUAGCGCAUACAUCAGUCCAUCAUUAUAAUAAUAAUGUUUUUAAGUAUUUAUGGAUCUCUGUAUUUGAUUUAUUUUGUUUAGAUGCAUAGUCAGACAUCUGUUAUUGCAGGGCCAUUUAUUAAGGAAGAUGGUAUUUGGCUAAAUGGACAGUAAGUAUUUAGUUUACUUUUACUUUCAAAACAAUAUUAGUAACAUAUUAAUCAAUCUUGUCUAGGCAUAAUUUCUCCUUUUACACACUGUUAAAAUAAUUUUUACUAUUUAUACAAAUUUCUUUUUAUGUAUACUUUUUUAUUCAAAGCAUGUAUUUUAUUAUUAUUUUUUCAAAUUUGUGUUUGUACUACUUACUGGUUCAGAUAUUUCUUUUUUUUUCCUCAUUGAAAAUAGAAUUGCCAAAGUAAAUGUUCUUAAAACCAAAACAUCCUUAUUAAUUUCUAAAAUAAUAAUAGCAAACUAAUUAAUCUCAAAUGUGUAUCUUAUUUUUAAAAGCCCAUGCAUUUACAGAUACAUUAUUCAAAAUAAUUAAAUACCUAUUGUAAUUUGAACUAUAACAAGGAAAUAUUGUUUAUGUUAAUUUAAUUAGAAUCUAUAAAUUUAAAUAAUUUCUUUUCACUUUCAAAUGUGAACCAAAUAAAAUACUAGUUUUUUUGUUAUAGUGUGUAAUUUAAAAAUCUCAUCUACUAAAUUCAUUAACAUAAUUUAGGUCCUUCACUCAUCAAUACUUCAUUUUGGAACAUUAAAGUAAGUUUUGGUAGAGAACCAAGUACACUAUUGAUUUCAGAAUAUAACAUUGUAUUCUAAAAUGCUUAUUGAAAUUAUGUAUUAGCAUAUAGUAGAAAAUAUGUUUAAUAUAUUAUAUUUGUGACUUAUAUAUAUAAUUUUAAUCUUCUAGUGAAAAUUUAUUUGGUAGUCAGUUUUAUAAUAUAUUUAUAUAAAUCAUAAUUUAUAUUACGUAACAUAAGUAUAUUGUAAAAAAAUAAUAAAAUAAUUUUUACUAGAAUUAUUUUUAUGUGUAAUAAAUGCCAUUCAUCAAGAUAAAUAAACUGAAAUAGAUAAUAACAAAUAUAAAUAAUUUAAUUAUAAUAUAUAUAUAUAUAUGUUACAAGUUGUUAAUAAUAAAAUAGCUUUUAAUGAUUUAAAUUUCUCAUUUAAAAAAAAAAUUUAAAUAUUAAUUAAAAACAUUAAUUGACUGUCCUGUAUAAUUUACAAUACAAAUAUUUAAUUUAAACAUACGUGUUAAUGUAUUACUACUUACAGUACCUGCUUUUUGUUAAUAUUUAUUAGAAUGCAUUAAUUACAAUAUUAAUUGAUUUAUUUGUACCUUGUAAAAACAAGGUUUUUUAUGUAAAAACGUAUACUAUUUAUAUUUAUAUUAAUAGGCUUCGCAUUCAUGUCAAUCUAUUAUGUAAGUAAUUAAUGUUUAGUCUAGAAAGAAAGUAAUAAUUAAAUGACAACUAUAAUUUAUAAUAAAAUAAUAAAGAAAAACAAAUUUAAAUUUACAAAACAUAUUUUAGAAAAUAACUAUAAUUUAAAUUUUGAUAUUAAUACAGACUUAGAAGUAUUAAAUACCCAAAAAAACAUUUAUAUUAAUACAGUUUUAAAAUAAUUACACAUACACAAUGAAAUAAAGAAAAAUAACUCAUACAAUUUUAAAUUUACAAACCGAUUUUAAUAAUAAUCUUUUUUUUUAAUACAUUUUAAAUAAUAUAGUAAAUAAUAACCAAACAAUUUAUGUUUCUUAACAUAUCUAUGUCUAAUAAUAACUCAUUUUAAACAAUCUCUCCUAUUAAAAUAAAUUAUUUUUAUGUAAAAUGACCAAUUUGUUUACAUUUUUCCCGUGUAUUCCUUCAUUUAUUUUUUCAUAUUUAGUCGCAUUUUACUUUUUGACACUUUGUGACCUGACAAUGAAUUUUCAAUUUGAAACCAACCGUACACAUAUAAUACUCCAAGCAACUCAUUAAUUAAUUUAUUUAUUUAUAUAUUUAAAUAUAAUUUAACUAUCUUACAAUAAAUACCCUAUAUUUAUUAUCUAUUAAAGCUAUUAAAUAAUAAUAAUUACUAGUUAAUUAUAUUUAAUUACUCCAUAAAUAAUUCAUACUUAAGUAUUUGUUUUUAUACUUUCCUUUAAUUGUGAGAAACAUUCAAUAGGUUAUAUUUGUUUUUAAAUUAAUUAAUUAAAUUGUGUUAUUUAUGUUUACUAAUAUGUACACUAGCAAUUAUUUGAAGAAUACAAUUGCUUAUAACUAAUUGUAUUCAUAUAAAUUUUAAGUUCUCAGUAUUUAAAUUAAAUAAUAAAGACUGGAGUUUUAUACAAUUAUAAUUGAUUCUUAAUAUGGCAUCAUUAUCAAUUAUUAAAUGCGAAUCCUUGUUGAUGCCACUUCUCUUUGUUUAACGUCACACUUCUCAAUAAAAUAAAAUAAACUGAGAUCAUGGAUGUAUUCAGAAUAUUGAUUUCUCGGGUAUCCUCUUGAUUUUUUCCCAUUAACAUCUUAAUUGUUAUUAGUUAUGAAAUUGUGUCAGAUGAUUUGUCUAAUUAGCUUUAAUAUCCUUCAUUUAAUUGUCUUCAUCAGCUGUCUUUUUUCUCGUUCUUCUAACACUUACUUAUCAUUGCUUUUCUUGUUUAUUCAUCUGGCUUUCUCAUGUUCUCCACAUCCACAUCUCUGUUGCCUCCAAUUUGCCUCCAUCUUUCUUAUACAUAAUCUAUGUUUCACUGCCAUAUGUCAACACAUUCCAAAAAAACGUCUUAAAUAAUUCUUUUCAUAUAUCAAUAGCCCGGGAGUUAAUCGGGGAAAAAGUUGAUUUUUUUUUUGGGGAAUGCUUACUUUGCUUGUGCUAUUCUUCUGAUGUCUGGUGUUCAUUUAUUAAUAGUGGUUAUAAUGUUUUCAGGGUAGCAGAAUUUUUAGAUUCAUGGUAACUGUUAAUUGUUUAGUUUUAUAUUGAAUUUUAGUCUGAAUAUAUUUUACUUAUAAGUAGACACCGGAUUUAUAUUCUCUUAUAAUUCACAAAAAGGCGCUUAAAAACAUUUCAAAAAGCAAAAAUUAUAGAAGUUUCAAAGUCCCCCUCUAAUGGCUCUAACUUAAAUUAAAUUUCUUAACACUGCAAAAAUGAUAAUUAAAAAUAAUUUCUUUUAAAUAAAAUUGUAGGUACAUACAUAAAAUAAAAUAAUUUUUUUUCUUUCAAAAUGAUUUUUAAUCCUGAAUUCUUUGGUUUAAUCAAAACUUACCUAUCAUACUUACUUUUAUAGUUAUUGUAUAUAAACCUUGAAAAAUACCAUUUUUGGAAGUAAUCCAAAAUAUGGUCAUUUUUAUUAAUAUUAUUAUGAUCUGUAGUUAUUGAUAUUUUGAUAAAAAAGUUUUUUUAUUAAAGUCAGAAUAAGUCAAUCUGGAUUAGAUUUAGAAUUACAAAAGUCCAAACACGCUGUUUUACUGCACUCACUCUGACAAUUUUAAUUGAAAAUAACUCAAUUUGUUGUUCAAAACCAUGUUGGGUAGGUAACAGGAUAAAGUGAAAAUGUAUUAUAGGUAUAACUAAAACUCCAAGGUGGUUACUCAUUUGCUUGGACUGUUUUAAUCUAAAAUAUCCCUAGAUUUGUUAUGUAAAACCACGUUAGGUAGGUAAUAGGAAAAAUGAAAAAUCAUUUUUGGUGCACCUAAUGAGAUAGCGGGAUUAAUAGAGUUAAAACAUUUAAAACUCUAAAUCCAAACAAGAUAUAGACUUGUUCCGAUUUCAAUGAAAAAACUUUGUUACCAAAAUAUCGAUAACUACAAAUCAUAAUAAUAAUAAAAACAACCACAUUUUGGAUUAAUUCCAAAAACGCUGUUUUUCAAAGUUAAUGUACAAUAACUAUAUAAGUAAGUAUGAUAGGUAAGUUUUGAUUAUACCAAUAGAUUAAGCAUUAAAAAUCAUACAUUUUAGGAAAAAAAUUGUUGAGAAUGUUAAAUUCUCACUAAGAAAUAUGCGAAACGGAUUUGUUCCUUUUUUCCAUAUACUAUGUACAUAGAUAUAACAUGUAAAUCAACUAUAAUUACUACAAUUACUUUUUAUUUUUAAGUGUUGUUGAAUUAAGCUGUACUCGUAUAACACUAGCAAUUUAUAGAUGUAGCUGAAUGAACUAUCUAAUAAAAUUCAUUAUAGAAAAUUAAUGUACGUAUAUGUUAUUAUAACAUGGUUUUAUUGUUUCCUAAAUUAAAAAUACACUUUUCACAUUUCAUGACAAUACCCAUUGUUGAAAUAUACAAGGUUUAUUGUAUAUAUUAUACCACUUAACAAUAAAAUAUUUGAUGAUAAAAAAAAAAAAAACAGUGAAUUGGAUUUGAAAUUUGAACUGUCUUAAUCAAUCAGUUCGCAAAUAUUUUUAAGUUCGAUUUUUAAACUAAAUAGUUUGGUUCAAAAUUUUAUUUUUGAAAUUCGAACAGUUCGAUCCAUUACUACUUUUUAUUAAUCUUUUUUGUGGUGUUAGAGAAUUGUAUUAUUAAAUUAAAUCUGUUAGCGGGAAACUAUUAAACCCCUCUAUUAUUUGUGCUUUUUUUAAGUAUUUUAUUUUGGAUUUUAAGAAUAUAUAACUUUGGUCCAUUACACUUAUGAGCAUUGUUUUGGUUUUCAUAGCAUUAAUUUUUGGUUUAAAUUUAUGAAAUGCAUUUGUUAAUAUUUUUAGAAUGUCAUUCAUAUCUUGUUCAGAUUCUGCCAAGGUAACCAUAUCAUUACUAAAGCGAAUACAGUCGAUGAAUAUGCCAUUUAUUUUACUCCUUUGGUCUUGUUACUUAUACUCAUUUUAAUUUUAACAUAUCGAACAAAAAAAGGCGACAACAGACAUCCUUGUCUUAUUCCUUUUCUUAUUCAUUGUUCUUUUACUAACCCAUUUACAUCCGUUUUUGUUAUUUAAUCCUUGUAUAGGUUGAAAAUAAACCAGAUAUCUUUCUAGUUAAUCUCUUUUUCUCUUAAUAUCCUGAAUAAAAUCGUACAAUCCACUUUAUUAAAAGCCUUGUUAGGUCUACAAAUGUUACAAUAGUAUUUCUGUUAUUUAUCAUGUUUAGUAUGUUUCAAGUAUUAUUGAAAUAUGAGAAAGGAGUGCUAUAAUUUUGUAAUUACUACAUUUAGUUGCAUUGCUUUACUUUGAGAGUGUUAUAGUUUUACUCUACUCUCAAUUUCCAUUGUCAAAAUAGCAUAUGAAUUUGAAAUACAUAGAAACAUUGAAGGUUUAUAUAUUUUAGUAUUAAACAUAUCUUUGUUGUAUGUGAUUUAGACAGGAUGAUUCACUAAGUGCACUCACCCCGUUUUUUGAUUAAAUUUUGCAUGUAUUUAAAUUCUAAUACUUGGAACUUUUAGGUCUAAUUAGUUAAAACUGAUAUUUUCUAAUACUCAGAUUUUUCAAAACAUUUAAGGCGUAUUCUAUGGCAAUAUCAAUUGUGAUUUUUAAAAUGAGAAUCUAUAUUAAAAAUUCAAAAAAUAGAUUGAGUAAUACUUUAAAUAAAUUUUAGUGUUAAAAUUUAUGAUUUCCCUGUCAACCUGUUAAUGAAAUAUUUUACUUUAAGUUUAGGUAGGCCGUAGGGGGAGAGUAGUGAAGUAUUAUUUUUGUGGUGACAUGGCCCAACAUUUGAUUAGUGUUCUACUAUUUUCCUCCUAAAAUCAGAAUUUUAAUAAAUGUAAAAUUUAACUAAAAAAAUGAGAUGAGCAUGCUUAGUUUAUCACCCUAUAUAUAUGAUGUAAAAUUAUUAUUAUUUAAUUCUUAAUAGAAAUUAAUGGGAAAUUUUAUAAUUUCAGGAUUAUGCCCAUUGAAACAAAUGAACGUCUGCAAAAAUGCUUUAAUCUAAGUACGAUAUUUUAAUAAUAAAUUUACUUACCUAAACUUAAAUAGUUGUUUUUUAAAAACUAAAGAUAAUUUAUAAAUGGUUAAUCUUAUGUAUGCCCACAUUUUAAGUAAUUCCUUAGUUUUAGAAUUAAUUCUGAAACCAAUGAUUUUGUUCAUAAUGCUGUAUUUGAAAAUUUGUUUUAUUCUUUCAUUUCUGUUCAUGCAUAACGUGUAAGUCCAAAAAUUUACCAUGCACAAUAUGAAUCCCAGAAUAGUAAUUUUUGAACUUAAUUCAUUUUGUGUGAAUGUAGACAUUUACACUAUAAAGAAAAUGUAAUUUUUCUGUAAAAUUUUAUAAUUUAUUUAAUAAAUACCUAAUUAUUUGAAAUUUUAGUUAGACAGUUAAUAGUAAAACGAAAAGGAGAAAAUUGUCCAGAAGCAAAAUGGAAAAUAAGGGUUUGUUCUGAAAAUAAUUUUCCCACUGCAGCAGGAUUAGCUUCAUCAGCAGCUGGUUAUGCCUGUCUAGGUCUAUAUAUUAAUUUAAGCAUAGCUUAAUAUCAAGUUUUGCAAUUAUUUUAAUUAUAUAUUUUUCAAAUAGUUUACACUUUAGCUAAUGCAUUUGACUUGCUCAAUGAAGAUUUAUCUUCUAUAGCAAGACAAGGUAGUGGGAGUGCAUGUAGAAGUAUUUACGGAGGAUUUGUCCAUUGGAAAGCAGGCAUUGAUGAUUUAGGUUCAGAUUCAAUUGCAGUCCAAAUUGCUGAUGACACACAUUGGCCAGAAAUGAGAAUUAUUAUAUUAGUGGUAUGAUAAUUUUUAAUUGCAUGACAACACUUCAAUUUGUUUAUAAUCCAUAUAAUAUUAGUCUUAUUUUUCAUUUAUAAUUUUCUUGGAUAUUAUUAGGUAAAUGAUUCUCAAAAAAAGACCAGCAGUACUGUUGGAAUGCAAAAAUCAGUAGAAACUAGUGAGCUAUUAAAGUAUAGAAUUCAAAAAUGUGUUCCUGAAAGAACAACACAAAUCAUUCAAGUAUGAUUUUUUAAAUUAAAAUUAUUCUUAUUGCAGUCAAAAAUGUAUGUAUUUGGUUUAAGGCAAUAAAAGAUAAAAAUUUUGAACAAUUUGCUGAAAUCACAAUGAAGGACAGUAAUCAGUUUCAUGCUGUUUGUUUAGACACAUACCCUCCUUGUGUUUAUUUAAAUCAAGUAUCACAUGAAAUAAUAUCCUUUGUUCAUGAUUACAAUGAAGCUACUGGUCAAAUAAAAGUACAAUAUUUUGUUUUUGUUUUUAGUCCUAUUAUUAAAAUCCAUUUUAAUAAAAUUAUAGGUUUCGUAUACUUUUGAUGCUGGCCCAAACGCAUUUUUAUUUAUUCUGCAAAAUGACUUGAGUUCAUUUAUGUCAGAAUUAAUUAAAGUUUUCCCAACUGACCAACCUAUUUCUUCAUAUAUACGAGGAAUAGUAUCAACUCAAUCAGACAUGGUUAGUGAAAUAAUAAGAUAAUAUAAUAAUAAUAAUAAUAAUUUACUAAUUUUAAUUUUACUUAUAUUAUUUUUCAGUUAAAAAAACCUGGAUUUGAACCUAAAGAUAAAAAUCUUUUAAAAUAUAUUAUCGUGACUAAAUUGGGUAGUGGUCCACGGUAUAGUGAUAACCAUUUGUUAAACAAUAACGGUACUUUGAAAUCAAAAUAA